UCGCCGGCUCGCCCAACGAGAGGACAUGGCCUCGACGCCGAAAACCCUAGAUGAGUUUUUCCAUCCAGCAAAACGCCUCCGGUCCCUCUCCCCCUCCUCGGCCUCCCUGGAAACUCCAACUCCCCCCGGCAAGCUCUCUCCCUCCCGCCGCGAGACUCCGCCGGAGGCCUCUGCCCCCGCUCUGACCCCGGAGAAGAAGCGGAGGAUGGAUAUCAACAAGGCCCUAGCGCGAUCGAGGAGGAACCUCAGUGUCUGCAGAGAAAGGAUUGAGAAGGCCAAAGCCGACGGUUUGGAUUAUGUGAAGUUGGAGGAGCUUCUGGUGGAAGAGACUUGGCUGCAGGCUCUCCCGGGGGAGCUUCAGAAGCCGUAUGCGAAGAACCUUUGUAGAUAUGUGGAGCGUGAGGUCAGGGGGAGUGUUCCGAUAUAUCCUCCGCCAUACCUGAUUUUUUAUGCUCUCCAUUUGACGCCUUUCGAUCAGGUGAAAGUUGUGCUUAUUGGACAGGAUCCAUAUCAUGGAGCUGGUCAAGCCAUGGGUCUAGCUUUCUCUGUUCCAGAAGGUGUCAAGAUUCCUUCGAGUUUAGUCAAUAUUUUCAAGGAGCUUCAAGAAGAUUUAGGGUGUUCUGUGCCAUUAAAUGGAAAUCUGGAAAGAUGGGCAGCACAGGGUGUUCUGUUGCUUAACACUGUUCUCACUGUUAGGAAUCAUCAAGCAAACUCACAUGCCAAGAAAGGGUGGGAGCCAUUUACUGAUGCUAUUAUUAGAACAAUUUCUCAGAAGAAAUCUGGGGUUGUUUUCCUCCUGUGGGGGAAUUCUGCUCAAGAAAAGUCGAGGAUGAUUGAUGGAUCAAAACAUCAUAUUCUGAAGGCUGCUCAUCCAUCUGGUCUUUCUGCAAAUAGGGGGUUCUUUGGAUGCAGGCAUUUCUCACAGACAAAUCAAAUCCUGGAGAAACUUGGUCUUUCGCCUAUCUAUUGGCAGCUGUAGAUCACAUGCGCUGCUGCUUGUCUCCUGGUUCUGGUUCAAGCCAGAUUUUGGAGUCAUUUAAACCAGGUAUUAUGAGAUAGAGCUUUUUAGUAGGAUAUAACGAGAUGCAGUUUUGUGAUCUUGGCUGUACGCAUCCACCAAGAUGAUCCCAUGACUUUCUAGUAGCUAACAGAUUGUUUAGAGCGUCUUGUGUAGGUUUAUUUUAGUUCGAAUGGUGUUCAAUUAAUGUAUGUGUUCAUUUUGACUGUGGAGAAACAAAUUAAUUUCCUUUUAUGUCAA